AGAUCACUCCAGUAAAACUAUGAAGAGCUGCGGAGAAUUUGUCAUAUGUAGAAUCUUCAAGAAAAUUAGUAAUUUUAUUAUUAAUUCUCUAGAAAGAGGAUUUUACCAAUUAGGAUGUUUAGUAGCGAGGUAUCCAUGGGCAUUUAUAGCAAUAGAUUUAAUAUUAUGUGCAGCUAUAAUUCCUGGUGUUGUAAUGCUUAAACAGGAAAAUAGAACUGAUAAACUAUGGGUACCGCAAGGAUCUAUUGCGCAACUGGAUAAGGAAUGGGUUGACGAGAAAUUCCCUAGUAAAAUAAGAUUUAGCAAUGGAAUUUUCGAAAAUGACGAUGAUGUUCUAACACCAGAAUUAAUUAAAGAUAUGUUGAAAUUUGACAAAAAGGUUAAGGCUAUACGCAAAGAUAAUCAAUACAACUGGCAGUCAAUUUGUGCCAGAAACGGCGAUAAAUGUUGGUCAAAUAGUAUUCUGGAAUUAUGGAAAUUCGAUGAAUCAAUUAUUAAUAAUCUAUCUAAAGAACAAAUUUUAAACGAUAUUAAUACAAUAACUAUCAGCCCUGUUUAUAAUAGUCCGUUUACGGCCAGUAAAUUACUCGGUGAUAUAAAUAGGGAGGGUGGCAGGAUUGUCUCAGCAAAAGCUACUAGAGUAACUUACUUUAUUAAAUUUAACUCUACUGUAAAAAACGGACAAGACGUUGAUGAAAUUGGCGAUUCAUGGGAAAAAUCUUAUUUAGAUAUUGCCGAAAAGGGUUCACAAUUACCGAAAACGAAUCUUUACUAUUUUUCAACAAGAUCAUUCGGUGAUGUUGGUGGCGGUGCCAUAUCUGGAGAUGUUUCACUUCUAGCAGCUGGUUACAUGAUUGUAAUUGUCUUUGUUUGCAUAGUCUUGGGAAAAUUCAAUAGAGUUGAGCAGAGGGCUUGGGUGACACUAAGUGGAAUCGGAUGUAUAGGCCUUGCUAUCGGAAUAUCAUUUGGAUUUUGCUCAUACAUUCGUUUAUUUUAUGGUCCGCUUCAUUCCGUUUUACCAUUCCUUUUAUUAGGCAUAGGCGUAGAUGAUAUGUUUGUAAUAAUACAAGCAUGGGAAUCUUUGGAGGAAGAAGAAAAACACAAAAGUGUUCAAGAAAAAAUUGGAUGUAUGCUUAAACAUGCAGGCGUUUCUAUUACGGUUACAUCCAUUACCGAUAUAGUAGCUUUUGGGGUUGGAGCUAGCACAAUAAUACCUGCCUUGAGAUCAUUUUGUAUAUGGGUUUGUGUUGGUGUUAUUUUUACUUUUCUCUUUCAAAUAACACUCUUUGUUGCCUGUAUAUCCUUCGACCAAAGGCGCUCAAAAUCUGAAAGAGACGCUUGUUGUUGCUGUAUUCGAUAUAAUGAUUUUAAACCGAAUGCCUGCUCUCAAAAAUCUUAUAUGAAUUUAUUUUUUUCGAAAAUUUAUUCAAAGUUUAUCUUAUCUCUACCCGUAAAAAUAAUAAUCAUUGUUAUAACGGCAGCCCUAUUUGGACUAUCCAUAUGGAGAGUAACAGAAUUAGAGCAGGAUUUCGAUCCAUUUCUCUUUCUACCAACUGGAACUUAUGCGAGAACAUUUGUUCAAAAAAGCGAUAAAUACUUCCCCGAAGCUGGUAUCAACAGCGCCGUCUAUUUUGACUCAGAGAAAUUGAACUACUUUGAAAAGUUUACAAGAUUAGAAAAAAUACAUGAUGAAAUAGAAGGUGAUCCUUAUACGUCUAAAGGAACAACGGAUAGCUGGACUAAAAGCUAUAAGGAAUUCUUAAAGAACACAAAUAACCCUGAUAUAAUCGCCAAAUUGGAUUCAAAUAAAUUCCCGAAAACGAAAAAAGACUUUGACGAGAUAUUAUUCAAGUAUUUUAUCGUCUAUGGAGGAAAUGGACCGGGAAAUAGAUUUAUUAAAGAUAUCAAACUACGCGAAAAUACUAAAACUGAGAUUAUAGAAGCAUUUAGAUUUACAUUUACUCACAGACAAUUAUCCAACUCUGCUGAAGAAAUAAAAGCAAUGGAUAGCAUCAGAGAAGUGGCAAAUAAAGCUUCUAAUGAUCUAAAAGUAGAAGUUAGAGUAUUUGAAAAUUCAUACACAACUUUUGAAGGGAAUAAGGUAAGUUAA